GGGUUGCGUACCCAAAUAGUCGCUCUAUAGCAAUCGAGCGACUCACACCUCUUCUAAACCUAGCUUACCUGGCUACUACAUAGCGUGCCAGCGCGGGUUCUGACUAGAUCAGGAUAGCACUGGCUUGCUUCCCUUGAUCAUGAAGUAGGCUUGACCAAGCAAUUUGCAUUCGCAACAUGCUCGUGUCGAGGCCCCUGCUAGGUCUUAGCUCUUAGCUCUUACAUAGAGAGGGACCAGGACAGGGACCAGGUGCAAGGAAUUGCGACCAUGUUUCGAAAUUGAAUCCUAUAGGCUUUCGAUAUUGAAUCCUUUCGACAUGCCUGGGUAACACCUUGAGCCUAGCUGCUGCUGAUCUUUAAAAAGGAGUGCCCUCCCAUGGUUUAUAACAGAAGCUCAUCAAAUCUACUCUCCUGUCUUACAGAUUCCAAUAACCGAAGCCCCCUUUGCGAAAUAAGCUAUUGUUCCAAUCGCCCACCAUGGUCAACUCCAAGACCCUCUCAGUAUUUGUGGCUUUGGCAGCUAGCUCUGUUCCAACUGCUGCCAAUGUCUUUGACGGUCUUGAAAGGGGCGCCAAGUGGAAUAUCUGCAUCCACAAACCUAUCAAGCAUGAUUCGCCGGACGAUAUAGUCCCCAAAGACGGGCUUGUCUACGACAUUGACAUGGAGCACGCUCGUGAUUUCCCUGGCAUCAUCCCCACGAUCAAGGAGUCCGGUAAAGUUGUCCUUUGCUACUUCAAUGCGGGCGCCCUCCAGGACUGGGACGCCGAUAAAGAUGACUUUCCAAAGGCUGCCAUUGGGAAGACAUUGGGCGGCGACUACGAGGAUGAGUGGUACCUCGACAUCCGCAACCAAGAUGUCGUAGAACUCAUGUACAAGCGCCUCGAGGAGGCUGCCGCCCUCGGGUGCGACGGCGUUGACCCUGACAAUGUGGAUGCUUGGGCCCAGGGAGACGAGGAUGCGACUGGCUUUGGACUGACGCAGCAAGACUACACGGACUAUCUCAUCAAGCUCGCCCAAUUUGCGCAUGACUCUGGUUCCCUUGUGAUUGGCCAGAAGAACGCGCCCGCCAUGGCCCCUGCCUUGGUCGAGACGCUGGACUUUGCCGUCCUGGAAUCCUGUCGUGAAUGGGACUUUUGCGAGGACUUCCAGGUCUACGUCGAGGCUGGCAAGCCAGUCUUCCAGAUUGAGUACCCUGUGUCCAUCAUGGAGCAGGGUGAGCUCAGCCCCGAGGACUACAGGAAGCACUGUCAAGGAGAUGCCGGCGACGCAGGGUUCAGCAAGGUCUUGAAGAGAGCCAGCGCGCAGCUCGAUGGAUGGACCCAAUACUGCGAUGAGGAGCCUUUCGAGCAGGCCGUUAUCGAUUGGUAGAUUCACACUGCAAGGUAAUACAAAGCACUAAAUCCGGGGGAGAUAUGAAUCAUAGCCAGCAUCUCAGGGUAUAUUCAAUCUCACUGUAUUAUCAAUA